CAGAGUAACGCCCCCUCACUCUUAUACAAGACUUUUAUAAAAAAUAGGCAGAGUAUAAAAUGAGACACGGCUCCAGCAGCAGAGAAACCCCAAACACUUCCAGCUUUUCCAGGAUCUUGAUUUAUUUUGUGACAAUGCGUUUACACAGGUCAGAGAAUUUGUUGGGGGCUGCUCUGUUUGUUCUGCUGGCAGUCUGUCAACAAUGCGUCUCAGCUGACCCUAGCAUUUUGGCCCCACCAGAGGUCACGAUGCACAACGGCACCAUGUAUGCAGCCUGCAAACUAAGACCCAUCAACUCACUGCCGGACGGCGUGCCCAGAGUGUACGGCCAUGUGCUGUUCAAACAGGAUCACCCUGACGGAAAACUCAAUGUCAUCUUCCGGAUCAAAGGUUUCCCCACAAAUGUCACUCAAGAGCCGCACAGAGCCGUGCACAUCCACCAGUACGGUGACCUGGGGCAGGAAUGUAAAGCCGCCGGUGGCCAUUACAAUCCAAGUGAUGUGCAUCAUCCAAACCACCCGGGGGACUUUGGGAACUUCCAACCCGAGGGAGGAAAAAUCCACAUGUUAAUGGAAUUGGAGGCUACGCUGUUCGGAGGGCUGUCCGUGAUUGGAAGAGCCGUGGUGGUGCACGAAAAGAUGGAUGACUUGGGCCUCGGUGGAGACGCUGGCAGCCUGCUGAAUGGAAACGCAGGUCGGAGGAUUGGUUGUUGUGUUAUUGGGAUUUACCCAGCUAAUCUGUGGAAUAUGUAUCAUGAGCAGGUUCAAAACAGUCUGCUGAGGAGAAAUUAGUCGUGGUACAUAAUGUAAAUCAUUUCACAGAUGUUGCCUUUGUGUUGUAUUCUGUGUCUGAUUAUCAAAUGUACUGAAAACGACAAUAUUCUUAUGUCAAUGCCAUUCAAUUUUGGUUGGAACAACACUUUGGAUGGAUUGAAAAUAAAUAAGAUACAAACAUU